UGUAUGACUGCGGGCAAAUCAGAACGUCAGUUUUCUUGUCUGUCCGGUGGGACUAAUAAUUCCUUAAUUAAGUGCCCCCCUUGGCGGGGUUGGUACGAGUUCAUACGAGAACAUUUUGCAAACAUCAAGACGUUAAUAAUAGCUAAGUGGCAGCCGGAUUGUAUUACCUGCAGGUUCCCCCUCCCAUUGCCACCCCCCUAAUUCUUCUAGUUACGGAGUUGCGCCUGCCCUGCCCAUACUCCCCUGCAUCCUCCACCGGACAUGCGCAGUACCCAUCAUCCCCCAGACCAUCUCCGCUCUCCCUCGCGUUCUGCCCCUCGGAGCCGCUCGAGGCAGAGGUGAUCCCUUCAAACAGAAUUAAAGAACUGCAAACAUGUCUGUGAGCAGUGGUGAACAUCGAACCUUUACUAAAUACCCCAAGAAGAAUGGAAAGUCAGAUCAGCAUAAAACCUUAGGACACAGGAAGAAAGAAUCAGAGGUGUAUGUUGGAAAUCUUCCAUUGGACACCAAGGAGGAGGACAUUUUAUCCCUUCUGAAGGAUUUUGGCCCACUCCGUGUCCAGAAAGUCCAGAAUGGCUGCAAAUGCUUUGCCUUUGUUGACCUGGCCUCUGUAGAGAAUGUGCACCUUGCAGUCAAGCAGCUGAAUGGACAGAUGUUUCAUAACCGGAAGUUGUACCUGAACUCAAACAACAGGAUCCCGAAGCAGAACUCGGACUCUACAAAGGGCAACACAGAGUUACCGGCUUUGGAGAAUGUUCCCUUUGAGGAGAAAGCUACUGGGACUUUGGGUGAGGAAGAGGAAACCACAGUGACUCCUGUGCCUGCCAGCCAGACCCUUCGGGCACCUGUUUCCCCUAAUGUAACUGAAAGACCAAGGACAGCCUCCUACGCUGUUCCCAUGGAGAUGAGAGGAUCCUUCUUGGUGUUUCUUCUGAGGGAUUGCUUCCAAGACCUGAGCUGGCUGGCCAUCAUUCGCAGCAUCCGUGGGGAAGUGGGGCUACUGGUGACAGACACACUCCCCCAAACGCCUUUCUUCUGGGCCAUACACCUCACUGAGGAGACUCACGUGAACAUGGAGAAGCUGUUCUAUGCCCUGGCCGAAGUGGAGGAGCAGCAGCCCUACCUGGCCGAGGCCGAGGUUCAGCGUGGGAUCCGCUGCUUAGGGGAAUGCCACCUGGGGGAUGAUGAUGGUGGGGCCUGGAACAGGUGCUGGGUGCUGGACCGCAUAGGCGACUGGGCUGUGGUCCUCUUCAUUGAUUUUGGCUGUUCAGCCACUCUCCCGGUGCAUUCCCUGCGCAGUCUGGACAGUGACGACUUCUGGGCCAUCCCGCCUCUGACUCAGCCCUUCAUGCUAGAGAGAGAUAUUCUCAGCUCCAAGCAAGCUGUUCGUCAGGUCUUGAAAGGAAAAAUUACUGGCUGCCUGAGCAUGGAGUCUCACAUCCUGAAGUUUGAAGAAACGAAAUGAUCACCCUUCUCAGCCCUUUUUGGUUUCCCAUUUCAUUCCCUCCACGCCCCAGUUCCCCAGAGGACACCAGCAUCGCCUUUUGUUGGUAGCCACGCUGUUUCCCCCGUCCCGUUGGGCCAGCCCCCUUUACUCCUGUAUCCCUAGGAUAAGCUUGUGAUUGUAUUUGAGUAGAUUCCAGUUCACAGGGCUCUGGACCUUGGCACAAAACCUGGAAACCCCAGGAAAGGAGCAGUUAGAAAGUUCUACGUUUGCCCUGGUGCUCUUCCAAGAAAUAGGCUCUCUAGGAAGGACAAUUCAAACCUAAUCUAGGGCUUCUGGAUCCAUGUUGAGAGCCCAAGUUGGCCAUAGCUUUCUUUUUUUAACUUUUGUACCCCUUCUGCCACACUCCAGGUUAAUAAUAACAGGGAAUAUACUGGAGGGGACUGUUGCAUUAAUAUCAUGUCUGAUGUUAUAGAUGAAAUCAUUUUAGGUGGAAGAUACCAACCCAAGGGCUGUCUCCCUAGCUGACAGGAGUUACUGGGAGCCAAAUGAUUGCAAAUAAACUAGUUGAAUGAGCCAGA